GUUUAAUCAAAUUAUUUAGAUUUCAGUAGUAGUCUAAUGUAGGUAUACUCUGAAGUGACUGUUCAUUAACAUAUUUGAGUUUUUUUUUAAACUUUGACAAAGACAAGCUUUGCUUCAAAUAUUUUACUUUUAUUUUCGAAAUAACUUCGUUUAAUGGAUUUGGACGACAUAUUACCAACCGUUGGAGAAUUCGGUAAAUACCAACAGUUGAUUAUAUGGUUUAUAUUACUGCCGGCGGUUUUUCCAUGUGGAUUCCACGCUUAUAAUCAACUUUUUAUGGCAACUGUACCGAAGCAUUGGUGUAAUAUAUCAAAUUUAUCCAACAUGACCCAACAUUCGGGUCUGGAAAAUACAAGUGUUUCUAAUAAUACUUUAGAAAACCAGUGCUUUCUGAGAAAUAUAAGUCAGAAGAUUCCUUGCGAUGAAGGGUGGAUGUAUAAGGACGUAAAAACGAAUUCUGUCGUAUCAGAGUGGAAUUUGAUUUGCGAUAAAGAUUUUUUGGUAACCCUAGCUUUGGUUGUUUUCGGUAUUAGCGGUCUUGUAGGUAACUACAUAUUCGGAUACAUUCAGGACGGUUGGGGUAGAAAACCUGCUUAUUAUUUAUAUUUAUUAAUUGGAUGUGUUUUUGGUAUUGCGACAGCUUUCGCAACGAACUACGCGAUGUGGGUGAUUUUCAGAAUUGGAGUAGGAUUCACUGUACCGGCUAUUUUAGGCACUCCUUACGUUUUAGCUAUCGAAUUGGUAGGACCAAGCGAAAGGACUCUGGUCACUAUACUAAUUAAUAUAGCAUAUUCUUUAUCUCUGAUAUCAUUAGCUAUAAUUGUAUGGGCAGUUAGAGAAUGGAGAAUGAUGGCAUUAGUGACUACGGUACCGUUUUUGGCGUUGUUCUUUACCUGGCCGCUUUUACCCGAAAGUCCAAGAUGGUUACUUGCUCAAGGAAAUUUCGAUAAAGCCCAAACUAUAUUACAAACUAUGGCAAGAGUAAACGGAAGACAAUUUCCAAAAAAGUUAAUAACCGAUUACAAGAUUGAAAAAUUACAAGAUAAAGUGAACUGCAAGACGAAUUAUGGAAUACACGAUUUAUUUAAAACAAAGAAUUUAAAAUGGAAAACCAUAAUUAUAACGUUUCUUUGGUUUACAAAUACCAGCGUGUAUGUCGGUCUUUCUUAUUAUGCUCCUACGUUAGGAGGAGACGAGUAUUUGAAUUUUUUUCUCGCCGGUGCCGUAGAAUUGCCCACUUAUUUAUUUCUUUGGCCAGCGAUGGAAAGACUUGGUAGAAGGUGGACGCUAUGUAUCAGCAUGAUUAUCGGCGGUACAUCUUGUUUAGCAACAUUUUUGGUACAAAAUGAUUACGUUACAACGCUGGUGUUGUAUUGUGUUGGUAAAAUGGGAAUAUCAUCGUCUUUUGUCGUUUUACCAUUGAUGGCAUCCGAAUUGUACCCAACUGUCGUUCGAGGAUUAGGAAUGAGUUUAAGUUCUGGCAUAGGUAUGCUCGGCCCAAUAUUCAUCCCUUUAGUCAAUUAUCUGGGUUCGGAUAUAUUGAUCCUACCUCUGAUAAUUAUGGGUACCAUGUUGAUAAUGGGCGGCACGUCAUCGUUGCUUUUACCAGAAACAUUAAAUCAACAUCUCCCGCAAAACCUUCAAGAUGCCGAAUUGACUCCGUUAGAUUGUUUCGCUUUCUGCAAUAUUCCGCAGAAAAAUGUAAAAAAUAAAUCGGUUUUCGAUAGUAGAUUGUAAUAAAUGUAUGAAUUUACAAUAAACUAACGGUUAAUGUA